GAACAAACUCAUCCAGACAACGGCUACAAAAUGUUUCCUGGUCAACGACCGUACUAAAAACAAACUGUUGUCAGCUGCGACCCUCGUUUGUCUUCUUCUUGUUUUAUCGUCGAAGGAGACCGUAACCAAGCAGCCAAGAUCAGCUGGUGAAAGAGGUACUACUCAUACAGAAACUCAAACAACCCAGUUUUGACCCUUUCUUGACUGGUUUACCAAAGACCAAAGACGACAAAGGUGGCAUUUCUUUUCAAACAAAGGCUGACUGACGUAUGACGCCAUCAACAAAGGCAGAGUGUGAGCGGACGGGCCCAGGAUCUGCGUGGCUCCACUGCUUUCUCUGCCUGUAAAGUGUGCCGAGCGCCGCUCUGCUCUGCGCUGCCUGUGUGUCUCAGCACCCGCCUCCCACAGCUGAGAGAUACAAAGAGACCAAGCCUGAGAGACACCGCUACAGUCAUGAGGCUUUCCCUUGUAUCGACUCCACAGCAUUACUCUUGAGGUCUGCUUUGCUCUGGUGCCAGAUCAGCAGUUCGCAAUGAAGGUGAAGAGAUGAGCCUGCAGCGAGCAGCCCUGUCCCUGCAGUUCCUGCCACUGGACGUUUACUGAUUCAUACAACCGAGAAGACGAUGCCCCUGUCUCCCAGAUAGCAUUUCUGAGGACCAGGCCUUCACAGCACGCGUUGUGCAUCAUGGCAGGAGAGACUCAGCGAAUACACGCUGUCAAAGAGCUGGACGCUGAGUCCAAACUGCAGGAUGAGGGGACAGCGCUGGAACUGCAGAGUGACAAAACCACAAAGGAGUCUUCAGAGCACUUUUCAAGCACAGGCACUGAGGCCAGAGCCAGCAGCAGAGGGGCCAAAGCUGAAAAACUAGAGAAGGAAAGGGACUGUCCUCAGCAGCGUGAGGCUGUCAUACGGCCACAGCAGACGGGGAAGAUUGACUUCAGAUCACUGCAGAACAGAUCAAAAUUUGCCACUGACAGGACUUGGUCAAGUGGCAAAGGCAGCCCCCAGUCCCCGAGUGGAAAGGGCCGCAGCCGAGAGAAGGGGAAGCGGUCAGGAAAGGCAGAGCGUGGCAACCCGCAGCAGCUGUACAGACUUAGCAUUACAAAUCCACGCUCCAACAACCCCACCAUUGGUAUUGCAUACCCACAGCAGAAGGUUUCGCCACCCAAGAAGUUGGAGACCAGUCGUGGCCCAGUCUCGGGCAGCUACAGAUUCCACGUUCCCAGUAUACCAGAAAGAGAGGCCGAACUACAGCAAGAAGAGCUCAACUACAGCCGCUGCUUCCAGGAGGCCUCCUCUAACCUUACCUCCCCAAGCUAUACCUCACAGGCACUGGGUUCCUCAAGUGGAACAUCAUCCCACCCACAUCCACCCCUGUCACAGCAGCAGCCGCCUGCCUCAAUGGAGAACAACAGUGCACAGCCUGGCAGCCAGCUAAUCCUGGCUGAUUUUCAGCUGAGUGGCUCUAAUGCAUGGCAGUCUCCUGAAAGGACUUUUAAUGGUGCUAACUACGGGGUUUCGUCACAGAAAUCCACUGCCCUUACAGAAGCCAGUAAGGCAAGUGCCUUUGUGCCUGGUCCAUUUCAAUAUGGAUAUCAUUUUCUGGAAGAAUCAACCUCUGACUCUUUUCCCUGUGAACAGAACCCCCAAUCCCAAGACUUUACAGACUCCUCCCUGGGUUCUGUCCAUGUGACCCACAACUCAUUUUCCUUUACACCUGGAGAAGGACAAAACAUGGCUCAAAACAGCACGCAGUUCAGUAAUGAACAGCAGUCAGAGGAUGGAAGCUCUUAUUCUCACUCCCCACAGUCACAGUUUAUUCAAGGGGUAUCAUCCUCCAUCCACUGUCCGAGGAAUCUGAGUGAGGACUCAGCCAGCAGUGACAGCUCUGGCUCCAGCUCGCAGCAGUCAGAGCAGGGAAAGGCCGCCCUGCCUGAGAGCACAGACACUACUUUACAGGCAGACAGUAGGGAUGCAACCAUCACCUCGGGGAGUAAGAGGAACUGUCACCCCAAAGACACAGCUGCCAACCAAAGAACAUUCAUACAAGGAAGUGUCCAACAUGUAAGAAAUAUUUCACAAGGUCCAGGCUCCCAAAUGCACUUUUCCAGCAAAACAUUUAACAGCCCUCCAGUCAGUAACAUUCACACAGGCUCAAUGCCUUUUGAUAAAAACAUUAAUAAUAAGGUUCUAAAUCGGUUACCACACUCCUGGGAUGGUACUGGUAAGACAUAUUCACCAGCUGAUCAAAACACAAUUCAGUAUUCUGACAUGAAUGAUAAGUUUCAGUUUCAGAACCAGCCAGCACUUGACCAAAGGCCAAAUUCAUCUAAAAAUAGCAGGAUGCCCUGGCAGCAGAUCCGGCCAACCUCUGCCAUGCCGAACCAAAACAGAAUCGAGUUAUCUAGGCAAAUAAGCAAUCAAAAAUUGGCUUACAUUGUUUCCCCCUCUGACUGGCAGGAUGACAACAAAUCACAUAAACACAGCUCACUGAAAAACCCCAGCUCAUUUCAGAACAGCAGAACUAGUGAUGGGUUUUCAAACCAAAGACAGGAGACUGUAAAACAUAGCAGUAAUACAGUCUCAACUUUUAAAGUAGAGAUGAGCCACGCACAAGUAUGUGAGUCCAAGAAUAAGGCGGUAUAUUUCGGACUCAACCAGUCUCUUCCAGUGCCCUCAAGAAACUACGGCUAUCCACCGUUACAGGUCCCACCUAUGGGACUUAUGAUGGUGUCACCUUAUGAAUCCCCGUUGCCCUCCCCAGUUCAUAACCCUGCAUCUAGUAGUACCUGCUCUUCCCUCUCCCCAGCGUCCACCAGCCCUGUUAACAUCAGUUCAGAGGACAGUCAAAUGUCAAAGUCAGCACCCCCUCACACAUUUUACCACCAGCCCCAAGCCAAAAGUCAGUUACCUUCAGAUCACCUGAGCUCUCACCCUCACCAGUUUCACUCUGAUGCUUCACGAAACCUUCCUUACACACCAGACAGAGCCAAAGAUGACAUGAUGAGCUACCUGCAAAACAGCACACAUCCAAAGACAACUAUGGAUGCAAACAAAGGUUACAUGGACAGUUUUGGGGUAGAGCAUCACCAGCCUCCACCACCUUACUCUGCACAUCAGCUGUUAGCCACCUCAUUAGCCACAGCGAAUCUUGACCAGUUAGAUGUGCUUCUCACAUGCAAGCAGUGUGAUCAGAAUUUCAAUAACCUGGCUUCAUUUCUUGGCCAUAAGCAAUACUGUGCUCAACACACGUUUGCACAAAAUGACCUCAAGGACAUAUCAAAGAUGGAGGACGGCAAGAAGCUUCAUGCAGAACUAUCAAAAGCAGUGCCAUCUGUGUCAAAUGUUUCAAAUGUUUCAAAUGUUUCAAUGUCCAGGUGCCCGUCUGACCUGCACCUAUCUCUGUUGGGCCUGAAUAAAAAUGGAGAACUGAUAUCUGACAGUGAAACAAAAGGAGACAAUAAGGAAGAUCACAUGAAACUCAACUUGUUCUCUGGCCCUGGUAACCUCCCUGUAACUCUCCCUGAGCUGGAAAUGGAGGAUGCCAAGUUAGAUAGCCUUAUCACUGAAGCUUUGAAUGGACUCGGCUAUCAGUCCGACAAUGCGGAGAUAGACAGCAGCUUUAUCGAUGCAUUUGCUGAUGAUGACCUCACCACUGUCAAAGCAACAUCAAACAAACAAUGUCUGAAAACCAAAGAAUCCCUGGUGUUUGAGAGCAAAAAUAAACAAUCAACAGAUGAUGACAGGUCUUUCACACAGGGAAAGUAUUUUUAUGACUCUGAUGUUGAGAGCCCUGAGACAGAUAAACAGUACACAGAAAGCAAACUUGAGAAAAUAUCUCUGAAUUUGGAACAAGAUGAGAAAAUUAACAUAAAAAAAGAAGUCUCUCAUAAAAAUUCAAGAGUUGCCUCAAGGGAGAAGAUGAGGGAACAAGACAGCAAAGUGAAAGAGGCAAGAAAACUGUGCAAGAGCGAGGACGACAACACAAGUACACAAAGGUUUCUGUUAUCCAGCAAGUUUUCAGAUCGCUGUGGCGUUAACAGCUUUCAGGACAGCUCUGCACUUCGAGGGUCAACGCCCUCUCAGGCCUCUACAUCUCCAACCUCAAGAACUGCAAUGAAAGAGAGCAAGAGGAAAAGCACUGGAGGGGGCACCUGGAGCAAAGAACUUAUUCACAAAAUAGUUCAACAGAAAAAUAAGCUCCAUAAGCUUCAUGUUAAAGGUACCAAAAACCUCCAGUUUUCCUUGGUGAUGGAGAGACUGACUCCCACUGUACAGAACCCCGCAUUUGGAGAAUACGACUACGUCUCAGACUCAGAUGAUGAAUGUGAGCCCGUAAAGAUAGCAAGCCAGGGCCGGCUAAAUCAGAGCAGUCGCUGUAAAUACACAUACACUAAAGAGUGCAAAUGGCGAGCGAGGAGUGAGAGGGACCAGGCAGCAUGGAGACAUGAGUCGAAGGAGUGUUUUGAGGUGAAAAAAAGGGAGGAAGUUUCUCUCUCGCCUGAGAAACAUGGUUCUCACCAGAGACUCAGGAGGAGGGGUAGCAGGUCAUCCACAAGCAGUGAACUCAGCACAUCUGUGAGUGUUUCAAGUGAUAGUAUCAACAGCCCCAAAAGCACUGACCGCACUGACUCAGACUGUGAGAGGAAGACAGACAUCAAAAGGAAAGAGCCUCCAGAGCAGAAAACCUAUGAAAGGUCUUCCCCACAGAAGUUAUGUAAAGAGUCCAGCACACUAGCACUGACAUUCACUAAAUCUGUCAGGAAGUAUAAUACUGACAAAACCAUUCUUUCUGAUAACAAAGACAGUACAGAGGAUCCAAAGAAGCAUCAUUCAAAUCCAGAAGUUGCUGAUCCAAUGUCUUCCUCACAAAAAGCAAAAGACACGAUGAAAAACUUUGAAAAAAGCAGAAGCUCUCACACAAAAUCAAGAGACAGGCCGGUGUCUCACAGAAAAGAAACCGGCAUAACAGUCAGUUCAGACAGAAACACACUACACAGAGCCGACAAUCUGUGCCCCAAAGAAGAACCAACACAGCGCAGCAGCGCAGAUAACAAGCCACCACAGUUUGAUUCACACUCUCCCACCAUCAACAAAGAAACUGAUUUCAAUAUUGACAGAAACACAAAGGGCAAAAGCAGAGAGGGGCCCCAAGUCACACAGCCAGAGUUAUCACACAGUACCACAUUUGAAAAACAGAGUGACAGCGUCUGCAUGGUGAAAGAGGCCAUUACUUUAGGCAAUGACCUAGACACACACAAGCCUGCAUCUCUGUGCACCUCUUUGAUGGAUGAGGUGUGCCUAUCUCCAACUGAAAGCCAGGGCCCACUGAUACAAAAAGACACGCUCCACCUCAUGCCCUACCCUCUGGAUCAGGAACAGGGGCUCAUGAAAUCCCCGCUUUCAUUUGACACCUCGUCAAUGUUCGGAGACCUCACGGGUUUCGACAGCGGGCUCUACUCAGAUAUGCCGAUUCAGAAAGAAGGUUUCCAUUCAAUAGAGAACACGUCUGAUAAAAAGCAAGAGUUUGUGUCGUCCUUCUCUCCCUUUCUGGAACAAAGAGACUGGAACCUUAUAGUUAGCCCGGUGCUGCCAGAUGAGAUAUCUCAGUACAAAGACAGCUCUGAGAAAUCAAAUGAAAAGAAACCAGAUUAUAGUCACGUCCCUUUGUCUCUGCCAGAAAAAAUAAUUGACUACAGUGCAAAUCUCAACAGCUGUGCGUCAGAGGAUGAGUUGGAGAUAAAGAGAAUAGUGAAUGAGCUUGAAAACCAGCUGCAGACAACUAAGUUGGAAAGCCCACCAUUGCUAGCUCAGGACGUCCCCAAGCAGCUGCAAAUGAGCAAAUUUUCACCUUUACAGCUGGGUGACGAGUCCGAGGGUGAUGGCACUGGUCUGGAUAUUAGGUGCCCUGUGCAAACGAUAGAUGUUCCAGUGACCAGAAUGCCCUCAGAGCCUUUCACUGAACCGGGACUCCCGUGGUCCAGUCCGUUCCAGUUUGAUCUGAUGAGUGGACACCACAGUCCCCACACUUCAAUUACCAAUGAACCAAGGGCCCUUGAACAUUUUACUGAAAAAGAGAAUGAUGCACCAAAUAUGAUCGCCACAGCCUCGCAUAUUGAACGCUCACAGCUCCACCGUGACCAAAAACCAGAGGAGAGAAGCGCUGAGAAAGAGACUCCUGCAGAAAGUACAAAAGAAGAGAUUUUAGAACAAAAGAGAUACGCAGAAAACCUCAUGAAAAGCCUGGAGGUGAUUUCAGACUCUAUAUUCAAAAAAGAACCCAUUAUAUCAGAACACAAGGAGCCGCAUGUCACCUCUCUCACCAGUCAACAACAUCAAGAAUUUGAAUGUCAGGCAGCUGAUGCAGUUGAGAGAGAAGAUCACAGUGAAAAGGAAGCAAUUACCGGGAAGAAGAAUACAUUAUCACCUUCAAAUAUCAAUGAGCGGAAGGAUGAUAUUGAAUUCAUUCUGAAUGAGUCACAGUCAUCCCUCUCCAACAGCACUGACCCCACUCUCGAUGGAAACCAGCCAAUUUCAUCGCAGCAAAGUGAGCCCUCAGAAAACGAUGAUAGCGAGGGUGAGACUAAAGUCACAUCGGAAGAGGAUAUCACUGAGAAUAGCAAUUUGAUUGAGUCUGCUCACUGCUCAAGUGUGGUGACACAUGACCCACAUCUGGUUGAGGAGUCCUGUGGGAACAGUAAUGCGGAAGACAAUGUGAAUCAGCUGUAUAAAAACAAUAGUGAUGGCCAAGAACAUUCAACUGCGGAUGGCUAUGAGGAAGCAGAUGCAGUGAAGGGAAUCACUGGUCAAUCUGGCAGUCAUCCUUCAUCACCUGCUCUACCUGACCCCAGUCUGCAAGAACAAUCCGCUGAUCACCAUAGUAAUCCCGGAGACAUUAAAGUGGAGCGUUCAGACAAUCCGAUGGGAGCUGUUGAAACAGCAAAACAAGAUCAUUUGAUUGGACUUUCUCCCUCUAAAAAUUGUAGCCCUGUUAAGAUUUAUGCCGCAAGUCCAACAACUGAUUUGUCAGUGGAGAUAGUCAACACAGAAAAACCCUGCAGUCCAAUACUAGUGGAGACCAAUACAGAGAGUUCAAGUCACAGCUCACCCUUCCAAGACACUCAACCCAUAGAGGGACGGAGCAGUCUGUUGUUGCUUUCACAGUCUGAUGACAUCAUCGCCAGUGAUUCCUGCAAAGUUACCCCCUUCGAUGACUCUUUGAAACCUGAAGCAGGUCUUGCCUUUGACACCAUUCAGAAACAACAGGAGAUUUUACAUGUUCAGGACAUCAAAGAACAUCUUCCUAUUAAUUUCAUGGCAAGUCACCAAAACUCACCUUGCAGAGAAGAGGUUGAAGAAAGUCCCUGCCUUUUUCUACACACUGCCCCACCACCCAGCCCUCUUUUAUCAACCACUCUUCAAACAGCCAUGCAGACAUCGGACCUAGAAGAUGAUUCAUGUCAGUCACAAAGCAAAUGCAAUAAUAAGUCUGCUGAUGAAGGCUCAAGUCCAAAUGUAAAAUCCUCCUUAAUCAAAGAUGAUAACCAAAGUGUCAAAGAAGCUCUAAACAGUGAUGAACAAUUGAACACAACAGCUGAGAUGGAGUAUUCUUUGAUAAGCCCACCUCACCUGGACUUGGGAAUCAUAGAGUGUAAAAUCCCCAGCUCUGAAACCGCCAAUCCCUCUCCACUUCCCGUGACCAGCACAGCAGAACCUCCAGAGGGCCUUGAAAAGAGUGAUCCGAUGUAUGAUUUCAAGCUCAGCCCGCUCAACUACAACAGCAUCUCAGAUGAACCUCCGCACCUGAAUCAAUAUGACUACAUACCAAUUUCACCAGCCAGUAAACCUGAGGAAAAUGCAGAUAUCAAGCAGAGUCCCAGAGAUGACUGUGAACCAUGUGACCUGAGCAUUAACCCUGCACUGAUUUUUAACAAAACUGAAACGGACACAGUGGUAUCAUUGAAUGCAGACCCUGCAGCUAAAAUAAAUGUAUUAGAUGAACCACUGGUCCUCCAGCAGAGUAUAAAAUUCACAUGUUUUUCAUUGGGUCUCCCCGCUGAACUCAAGAGCACAAAUCCCUCAGCUGGCAUUGUAAGGAAAGACUUGGAGACUCACCAUGAUCCACUUGAAAAUAUUGAGCAAUUGCAUAUUUGCUCUGACAUGCUGGGAAAGGUUGAAUCAGUGAAUUUAGAUUCUCAGAAUGCUACUGCUGGGGACAGUACACUUCUCAGAAAAGAAGUUUCAGAUGCUCUACCCACUACUAAGCCACUCAUUAUCUGUGAAAAUGAACAAAAGCCUCUUCCACCAGACCCAUCAGAGAAGCGACCAACAGUGGAGACUGGCCGAUGUUCAACAACGCACCAAGCACACAAAGAAAUACCACAAAAAAAGACACAGAGCAACACUCAACAGGGGAAAGUGCUCUGUGAAAUCUGCUUCAUGUGUUUCAGGACUGUGCCAGGGUUAAAGAGACAUAAGGCCAUGAAACAUUUGGUCAGAGCUGAAAAACACCACGGCCCACAGAGCACAACAUCAAACCAUCAGGGGACGAUGCUUAUUUAUGAAGCAUCACAAACUACAGAGAAAGAACAUAAAGAUGAUUCACAGACCGGUUACCCAACAAAAAUAGAUGGGCUGCCUGAGACAAGUGGCACUCUCGUAUCGAAAGCAGCAGAAGCUGACUCAGUCCUGGAGGAAAUGGCAACUGAGACAAGUGCAGUGGCAGUGGAUGAAAUGGGCCAUCAAAACCGUCUGCUGCCAACAAAAGCAAAGAAGAACAACAAAGCUAGAAAGAACAAAAACAGCGAGGUAAACAUAAAGCCCGACCCUUUCUCUGAUGAGAUUCUGAACAUACUAAAAACGGACAUACUUCAAGCUAUAACUCCUGAAUUCAAAAGCAGUGUACAGGGGCACCGCAAAUCUCCUGAGGAGGUGAAAAUCACAGACACCCCUGUUACUGAAACAGAGGAAUACCCUCACCCUGUUACUGCAGACUCUGCCUUCGACGAUGCAUCCCGACCUCCAACAAAAGAGACAAGUGUACUUAGUGAAACUGUGGAGCUGAAUCAAAUGACCGAUACAGAAGAAAUGAAAUGCGCAAGCAUGACAGAGAUGGCAAAUGGGGAAGUAUGUUCAGAUAAUAAUGAGGAUAACGCUAUAUGUGUAGAAAAGAAUAUAAUCAGAGAAUGUGAUGAUUCCAGGAAGACUCUGAGUGCUGUGGAGGAGAUGAGUGAACAAGAAGGAUCAGAAAAGAGCCUUGCCCAGGAGAUUCUCAGAAAAGUGUCAGUCGAGAUAAAAUCUGAGAACAACAGUGGCCCUUCAGACGAGUUACAUCCUCUCUCCUGUUUGAAUUCUUCCCCUCUCAGUCCUCCCGGCAUAAGUUCCGAUCUGAAGGCCUUACUUGACGACGACACCACGUUCUCGCAGCUGUUCCCCAGAGAUGAGGAGGCAAAAAGGAAAAAGUGCCCGAGGGUGUACAGCAAAAGAAACAAAAGACAGAAGCUACUGCCCGACUCAAAUGUGACUCAGGAUUACCCUCCAUCAGAACCCUUCCUGCAAAAUAAAGACCAGUACACGGAAAACCAAGCAGAGCAGACGUUCACUGUCGAUCAAACUAACCGCUGUGAAUACGAGACAAUAUCUAUUGAUGAUGCCAUCAUGUUGAAUAUGUGCCACAACAGCACAAUGAAGGCCGAUGCCAAGCCGGUGUCGGAUAUUAAACAAAGUGAUCAGGAGGAUGCUCAUGAGGAUAUUAAAGAGCUUGGCAACAAUCUCUUGAAUCCACUUGAGAGCACCAUUGAUAAAUCCUCGAUUGAAUGGAGUGGCUCCUCUGACUUCACCGGCUUUGAUGCAAGCUCAGCCGUGACCUCUGACCCCAGCACCUGUAAACCAGAAGUGCCAACCGCUCCUUGCCCUCUGCCCCUGCCUGCUGUUCCAUAUGCUGUGGAGCCAUGUGUCACGGAGAGUGUCCAAACCUUCCACAACAUUGACAUCCAAAACAUCAACACCAAAUUUCAGCUUCCUGAGAUUCAGUUCUUUGACUCUAAUAACGACAUCUCAGUGGCUCCUACUGUUGCAACUGUUGAAAUGGAGAACAGAGAUGAUGAGAAGUCCAAGAAAGUAACAGAGCGGAGAUGCAGGAAACGGCAAGAUGGUGGAAUAAAGGUCAAAGAUAAGCAGUACAAGUGUAAAGUGUGCUUCACUUGGUUCCUCACCCUGGGUGAGCUGAACUUUCACAAGUUAUCCCACAACCCCUCUCCACCUCCAACCUGCUACAUGUGUGUCCAGCGCAAAUUCAGCUCCAGGGAGCAACUGAGAGACCAUCUGAGGGAGAAACAUGCCAAGAACAAGACAGGUAUCUGGACCUGUGGAAUGUGCUUGAAGGAGAUAUCAGAUGUGUGGAUGUACAAUGAACAUUUACGAGAGCAUGCCACUCAGUUUGCCCGGAGGGGUCAGACUCAAGGUUCCAUAUUAGACAUUCCAGGCUGCUUCAUGCAGGAGACAGCCGUGAAGAACUUUAUCACCUCAAUCAUGCAGCACCGCCCCAGCAAAGCCAUCAGAGAGUCUAACAAAGCCACUAAAGAGCAGGAAAAAGCUGCUGCUGCUGCUGACAGCACUGUGGGAGAGGGUAAAACCUCUGAAGGCGCUGAGCCAAAAGUUCACAAAACUAAAAGUAGCAGUGGAGCAGGUGGGAAGCAGAGCACAUUAACCCCACUUGAGGUCCUCCACAACACAGGUCCUCCACAACCUAAAAGUGUGGAGAUGCAUCCCAACUGCAAAGACCCUUCAAGAGACUGCCACCACUGUGGGAAACAAUUCCCCAAGCCAUUCAAACUCCAGAGACAUUUAGUGGUGCACAAUCUGGAAAAGAUUUUCCUGUGUCACAAAUGUCCCGUCUCUUAUCAGGAGGCCCAGGCACUUAAAGACCAUCUGAAGAGAGCGCACGAGGAGGUGGACGAGCUGGAUUCAAAACACACCACCCUUUAUACCUGCGAGCUCUGUGCUGAUGUCAUGCAUGUGAUUAAAAAAUCCUUCAUCUGCAGCACCUGCAACUAUACCUUCUCUAAGAAGGAACAGUUUGAUCGUCAUAUGGAAAAGCACCUGUCUGGUGGGAACAAAAUUUUCAAAUUCCGAGGUGUUCUGAGACCUGUCAAAGCAUCUACAUCCAAAGAAGAUGAAUGUGAUUCGCCUGCAAGUAAGAAGAGGAGAAUUCUCUCUGACAGUCUGCAAGAAAGUAGCUCAGACAGCGGCAUUGCCAGUGUAAGCUCAGUGCACUUAAAUCAAAGCUCUGAAACACAGUCUUCAAAACCCUCUGUGUCCAUGGCAGACGACUCCACACAGACCAUUGCAAAUGAAUACCACAGUGACACAAACAGUGCAAAUGUGAAGACGGAGGACAUGGUUGAGGACUACUCUGAACUCCUUGUAGAGCUUGAGAAAUGUAUUCACAUGGGCUCGUCAGAGUCUGCUUCACCGAAGAAGGAGGAAAUUGACCCAACUCCCUCACCUAAUCCUGAUAAAGAGGGUAAUGGAAAAUCAAUUACUGAACCAUGUGACGUGAAAGAGGAGAAUGAGUCAGUCUGCAUUAGAGCAGAGACAACCUCAUGGUCAGCAUCUAAAGAGAGCAGCAGUGUGGGGGAGGAGAUUAUUAAAGCAAAGGAAGGCUCAGCUGAAGGAGACACAGCCGAGACUGAAGAAAAAACUGAUUUACUUCCACCUAGCGAGGACUCUUUUGUCAGCUUAGGAGAAAAUCAAACAAUUUCAAAGACAGCUGAGUCAGCAAAGCAUGAAUUAGCUGUUGAUGUGAUGGACCAGCAGAGGGAUGAUGAGCAGUGGCAGCACACGUCGAAAGCUUCUAAUAAUGACAGCAAACAGCAAACCUUAGCUCACGGUGCUGAGCAAGAAGGUAGCAGUCAGAUGAAAGACAAAGCUGCCAAAACAAAUGACAACACUAAAAACAGCACUACAACUAGCAGCACGAAGGCUCCAGAAUCAACACCCGUCCUCCACUCCAAAGUUUCCCUCAACACUCCCGUCACAAACGAGGACAAAGAAUCUCCGAGACCGCAGAAGAAGAGGAAGGAUAUGAAAUCCCCCCACAGCCUGCAGAGGGUUUCCUCUCCAGCCACACAAGAGAACUUUGGUGUUGACUCGAGGCCCAAGAAGAAAUUUCGCCCCAGCAAGUGUGCAAAUCCCUCUCUGCAGAGAAAGUCAGACGGACCCAGCGACUACCCUGUGCUGUCCUCAGUACGGGACGACGUUGUGAGCAACAAAAUAGUUUCCAAGUGCAAGACUUCAAACUUGGGUUUGCAGUCAAAAAGAAGUUUGCUUGAUAACUGUAUUCCAAAGAAAACUGAGAUUGUUAACCCUCUAAAUGGGGAUUAUAAAGCCAAAAAGGGACCUCUGGGACGGCCUUUGCAUCCCCCUAUUUCUAAAGUGUCUUCUGUUCCCAUGAACAAUUCUUUGAAUAAAUCUAGGCCGAAGAUGGGGGUGAGGUCAAUGGAGAGCCAUUCCUACCGGACAGCAGAGUCCCAGAACCACCUCUUAAGCCAGUUGUUUGGCCAAAAACUCACUAGCUUUAAGAUUCCUUUAAGGAAGGACACAUCAGAAUCUAUUAACUGAGCGGCGUGUGAGGGUUCUGUGAAUAAGAGAAUAUAAAUGUUUAUGACAAUUCAUUAUGGUGGAUGAGAUUGCACAGCUCUUUUCUGUGAAAUGCUAUCUUUAAAUACUUACAUAGUCACUUUAUGUCUUCUUUGUACAUGUGUUUUUAUUACACAAAUGUGAGGACGAAUGGCAGAUAUGAAUUUUGGGUAAAAAAUGAAUAUGCUAUUUUCGAAAAAUGAUUGAACUUUUUUUCUGCUUUUCCUUUGUUGGACACUAUCUGUUUCAGAGAUUAUAUUUCAUUUACCUAAAGGAAAGGAAAAAAAGAAUACUUGAAAAUACAGUCAGAUAUGUUCGUCUAAGAGAUGCAUGUUCAUUUUGCAUUCAAAACAUGAUUUUAUCAGUUUAAGUCCUUUUUGCAAAUGACGUCACAACUGACCUGGACUAUUGUCUGUGCACCUUUCGUACAAUGCUUCCAACAUAUUCAUUUUGUAUUAUUUUUUAACUUUACUGUACUGCAUCGACAUUGAUCAUCAUUUUAGCCUUUUGUAUAAACAUUACCUGGUGCUACAUUGUGUUUUAUUGUAAUGUGAAUGCCAAUGUCCUCGGAAGGGAACAUGAGAUCUGUAGCAGUUACAGUACAUUCAUCCAACUGACUUUACUAGUUCUCUGAUGUUUCUUAAAGAUACUGUGUAAACCAUCCAAGUACUUCAUAUGUAGACUGAUAGAACACAAAAUUAGGAAUGCUUCCAAUGUAUAAACUCAGGUGCAUACAAGGACAUCACAGUCCCAAGACCUGUAAUCAGAGUUCUUCCCAUGCACUGAUAAUACCACACACAAAUCACAAACUCAAUCAUCUGUGUCUGUAACUCCAACUGUUUAAUUAUGAAUAGUAUUUACUAGGACAACAAAGGUGCUUUAUCUUGUUUAUACUGUAUGUAUCUUAUAUUGUAUAAUAUUGUAGGUAGAUUAUUGUUUGGUGUAAUGCUUCAUGUCAAAGUUUUAUUUUAAUAAUGUGCAAAAUGAAUCAGAGAAGAAAGGGAAAUGCAGUGCCUCUUGCAAGUUGUAAAGUGGUUCACUAAGUGCCUCUUUUAUAGUUGGUUAUUAAAGAUCUGUAUUGGUC